AAACAUAUGUGAAAACAAAAACUUCACUUACACAUAUUAGUAAUCUGUCACUGAAAAUUUAGAAAACUAAAAGCUUAAAAAAUCAAGAUAUGUUAUUAAAAUCGUUGCACGGCGUCUCGAGGCUUGGAGUCCGAUUCUAUAGAAAACUAAUUGACCCUUUGGACCUUUUGACCGGCAUCGAGAAACGUGAAUUACUCGCGCAUUUAGCGGGAGAUUGCGAUCCAUUCCGUAUUCUUUCCAUCAAGAAAGGACCCGGAACACGCGAGCGUCCGAACUUGAUACCCAGCUCAAACUCAUCUCGUCUCAUUUGCUGUCAUUGUACCGAGUCGGACAACCAUCUGAAAUUUAUGUGGCUACACCAAGGAGAUCCAAAACGAUGCGGCUGUGGAUACUGGUUUGAAUUAUGUCCAAUUGCACCGCUUUGAGGUGUUGUUCUAUUGUGACUUGAAAUAAAAAUUAUUUAACAAA